CUCGUCAAUCCGUUCUCAACGCAAGACAGACGAAAAUGCAGCCAUUCAGUGGAGUCUUGGUACUUGGCCUGUUGGGUCUGGCGCUGGCGGCGCCGCAUGGACACGGACAUGCGACGAGCUACAGCGUGCUGACCAAGCACGAGGCGCCGGUGCACAAGAGCUACGCACACGGACUCAUCGAUCACGGCUAUGGAUACGAUGGCCUAGGCCUGGGCUACGCUGGCUAUGCUGGCUAUGGAGGCUAUGGAGGCUAUGGACAUGGCUAUGAGAAGCACGAGCCAGAUCAUUACCCGAAAUAUCAGUUUGACUACGGUGUGAAGGAUGCGCACACAGGCGACCACAAGAGCCAGUGGGAGGCGAGGGACGGCGACAAGGUGCACGGCAGCUAUUCCCUCAAGGAGGCCGAUGGCACCACGCGCGUGGUGGAGUACACAGCCGACGAUCACAAUGGCUUCAAUGCGGUGGUCAAGAAACUGGGCCAUGCCCACCAUCCACAGGUCUACAAGAGCUACGGCCAUGGCGAUAUUUAUGGCGCUGGCUAUGGCUACGCCAGCGAUCUGUCCCCCUAUGCUGGCUACGGUCAUGGACUCGGACAUGGGCACGCCAGCAGCUAUGUGAGCGUAAAGCAGCUGCACUAGAAAUCUGACGACGACUUGGAGAGGCAACAAAGGAGACAAAUGUGCAAUAAUCUAUCCCGAUCUGAACAUACUUAUAUAUUAUAAUCCACAUGCAGAUAUAACAGACAACCAAAUGAGCUUUAUACAGUAAACUUAAGAGUAAUUUUUAUAAAAAUAAUAACAAAGUAUAAGAA